AUGGAAUGCAGGUUUUCCAGUCUCUUUGGCCUCGGCAGCAGAAGCAAGGUGACGAAAGGAGCGUCAUCCUUUGGAAAGUGUCACAAUGAGAUGCACACAUUGUGCCGCCGCUGUGCCUCUAAGGCCUCGCACCUUCAGAAGUCGACCUGUGGCAAAUGUGGCUACCUGGCCAAGUGCAAGAGAAUGUGUAAAUGGAGUGCCCAGGCUAAGAGACGUAACACUACCGGGACUGGGUGGAUGAGGCACCUGAAAAUUGUCUAUCGAAGAUUCAGACAUGGAUUCCGUGAAGGGACAACACCUAAACCCAAGAGGGCAACUGUUGCAGCAUCCGGUUCAUCUUGAGGAUUUC